UUUCGAGAAGAAGGAAUCAUUCAACUUCUUCGAUUCCCCUCUUCUGAUGAAUUGGCUCAAAAGAUCCUAGGAACUCGCAGGAUUCAAGAUAAUUUAUCAGAUCUUCGAGCUCAAGUAGCUGCGAACCAGAGGGGAAUUACCCUUAUCAAAUAACUUAUCAAGCAGUGUGGUUUAGACACUGUUCAGGCUUACAUGACCUAUGUACAGCUAAAUGCAGAAGAAGCAGUGAGAGAAAAGCUUAAAUCUAUUGCUGCUAGAGUUUUAUCUCAGUCGACUAGUUCCGGAGAUCAGAGUUCUGUUACUAUUGAAGAAGAGCAUUACAUGGAUAAUGGGUCUGUUAUUCAUUUAAAACUUACAAUUGAUUCUAUGAAAGGGGAAGCAAAUUUUGAUUUCAGUGGAACUAGUCCUGAAGUAUAUGGGAAUUGGAAUGCUCCAGAAGCUGUAACAGCUGCAGCAGUUAUAUGCUGUCUUCACUGCUUGGUGGAUGUUGAUAUUCCUCUAACUUAAGGUUGUUUGGCUCCUGUGAAAAUCUGUACUCCACCAGGCUCUUUCCUCUCUCCAAGUGAUAAAGCUGCUGUCGUGGGUGGUAACGUUCUCACUUCUCAGAGAAUAACUGAUGUUGUGCUUACUUUAUUUUAGGCUUGUACUUCUUCACAGGGUUGUAUGAAUAAUCUCACUUUUGGGGACAAUACAUUUGGUUACUAUGAAAUAAUCGGAGGUGGGAGUGGAGCUGGUCCAACUUGGGAUGGGACGAGUGGAGUGCAGUGUCAUAUGACCAAUACUCGAAUGACUGAUCCAGAAAU